CAAAAACAUAUCCGGUUUCCAGUCUAUUUUCAUUGGCGCCAUUUUGAAAUUUGAAAGACCUUACUAGAAAAUGAAACGCAAAUCGAAUGGUCAAGAUGCUGGACCAUCUGGUUCCAAGAAAGCUAAACCUGAGCUUCAAUCUGAUAGUGAAGAUGAUGACAACAACCUGUCACAAAGUAGUGACAUUGUCAGCACAACGAAGCAAAACGAGGCUGAGUAUGGGAUAGUAGAGAAUAUAUCUCUGAAGAAUUUCAUGUGUCACACAAAGCUGGAUUUCACGUUUGGUCCGCAAGUGAACUUUGUCAUUGGAAGAAAUGGAAGUGGGAAGAGUGCAAUUCUCUCAGGAUUAGUUGUUGGCCUUGGUGCCAAAUCAUCAGCAACCAACAGAGGCUCAUCCAUCAAGAACUUCAUCAAGAAUGGCAAAUCAUCAGCACAAGUGAGAGUGACACUGAGAAACCAUAAAGGGCCAGAUGCCUACAAACAUGAGGCCUAUGGAGACUCCAUUAUUGUAGAGCGGACAAUACAAGCAAGUGGCGGGAGCAGUUACAGUCUUAAAUCUAAGUCAGGCAAAGAGGUGUCCAAGAAACGAGAGGAGUUGACAAGGAUUCUUGAUCAAUUCAAUAUUCAAGUAGAGAAUCCUGUAGCCAUUUUAAACCAGGACACAAGUAGAAACUUCCUCAACUCAAAAUCCCCAAAUGACAAGUAUAAGUUUUUCCUACGUGCCACUCAGCUAGAACAGAUGAAGUAUGACUAUGCCAGUGCCAACGAACUUAAAAGUAUAUCCCAGAAUAUAGUUGAGUCCAAGAAGAAGUCCUUGCCUCAGCUGGAGGAUGAACUGAGCAAAUGCAAGGAGAGAUACGACGCCUGUGAAGCUCUUACUGGAAUGAAGAAGAAAAUUGAGGGACUGCACAAUCAAUUGGCUUGGGCUAUGGUGAAUGAGAAGCGAGAGGUCCGAGAUAUCAAAGAGAAAGAGCACAAGACUGCAGAAGCAAGACUGCCAAAGUUUGUGGCUGCAGUCCAGAAAGCACAGGAAGUUGUUGAUGAACAUAGCACAUGCUACAAAGAAAUAACUGAACAGCUUCAGGCAAUCAGUGGAGAAGUUACGGAGUAUAAACCGGAGCAUGAUAGAGCAAAUGCUGAGCUGAAGGAAGCUAAGAAAGCUUGCCAGGCAGUCAAUUACGAACCAAAAAAGCUGCAAAGUAAAAUCACAACUGUUGGGCGGGAUCUACAGGAAACUCUUGAUAGAAUCCACACCCUUCAAUCAAGUGUCAGUGAUAUCAACACCGAGAAGGCAGUAAGGGAGAGAAAGAUCGAAGAACUAACGGGACAGAUGGCAAUACUGGAAGCUCAGAAAUCCACAAAGGAACAUGAAGUCAGACAAUAUCUUGGGGCAAUUACCAGAUAUAAAGAGGAAUCUUAUGGCAAAAAACGCCAGGAGCGAGACCUGCAGAAUAAUAUAGAACAAAAGAAGCGAUUCUUGAAGGACCUUGAGGCUUCUAGUAAAGACAGAUUGAAGAGAUUUGGAACCUGGAUGCCAGACUUGCAGAAUCUUAUAAACCAGGCACACCAACAGGGCAGAUUUCACAAGAAGCCAAUUGGUCCAUUGGGUGCUUGUAUGCAAUUGAGGAACCAAGACUAUGCACUGGCAAUAGAGUGCUGCUUAAAAAACCUUAUGAAGUCCUUCUGUGUACAUGAUCACCAUGAUAACCAAGUCCUUGAAGGAAUAUUCAAGCGUGCUUGCCCACCAGGACAGACACCAACUACCAUUGUAGGGGCAUUUAAACAGAAUGUCUAUGACGUCUCACAAAAUCGAGCCCGUCAUGAUCAGUACGAUACGGUGCUAGAUGUCCUAGAGAUAGAGGACCCUGUCAUCAUUAACACACUCAUUGAUCAACGUACCAUUGAGUGUGUGAUGAUCAUACCCAGCAGUGAGAUUGCUAGGAAAACAAUGAUGUACAAUCCCCCACACAACUGCAAGGAGGUAUUUACCAUAGAAGGAGAUCAAGUCCUCUCCAAACCUUCAUUCCGUUACUACUCCUCCGAUCAGAAAAAUUCAAAAUACUUAAAAGCCAGUGUGGAAGAUGAAAUCAGAGAAACAAAGCAAGAAUUGGAAGUUAACACUCAGGAGAUGAAGCAGCUUAACCAAGAAAACAGAAAUCUGACAGUUCAGAUGAAUAACCAAGAAAAGGAAAAACGACGUAGUGAGACAGAAAUUAUGAAAAUCAGGGACCAGCUGCAGAAAAUUCAAGCAGAGAAAGAAGAGCUUGAGUUGCAAGAAGACCCAGAGCCAGAAGAUGUUUUUGUGCUGCAAGAGGAUGUAGCUAGAUACAAGAAUAAAAUGGCAGAGCUUCAGGAACUACUGGAAGCUGCAAAUGAGAGGAAGCUCGCCACAGACAAAGUGCGCAGAGAAGCAGAGCAACGUUUUCAAGCAAUAAAUGAUAAGAUCACUGAGAUCCACACAAAAGUUGAAAAACUAAAGGAAGACCAUGAUACUGCUAGUGCUAACAAAGAGAAGGCUAAACAUGAUAAGAAGCAUUAUGAAGGCAAGCUGAAGGAGCAUCAGGCCAAGAUCAAAGAUUGUCUUGCCGAGUAUGAUGCCCACAAGAAACACGUAGAGGAGAGUGAGGCAAAGGCUAGGCAGGUCAGUGAAGAGGUGAGGGUUAAGCGUAAACCACAGAAUAUACAGAGUGAGAUUAGUCAGAUAGAGAGAAGGAUUGCUUUGGAGGAGAGAAGCAAAGGAAGCUAUGAUGAAAUAACAAGAGCGUACCAUGAGAAGAAACAGUCGUUAGAACGGAUUAGGCUUGAAGUGGAGCAACAGGAAAAUUUCCUAAAGAAGCUUGACAAAUUGAUGAUGAACAGAAAGGCGCAUUACAAUGAGUUUCGCCAGUUUAUUGCACUUAGAACUAAAUAUAGCUUCAACCAGUAUCUCCAAGAACGUGAAUUCGCUGGAAAAUUACGCUUUGAUCAUCGUAAAGAGAUGAUAGUAAUGCAUGUACAGCCUGCAUCGAGGGCAGGAGAACAACAACGAGCGCUCUCUGAGGUAAAAGACACCAAGGAACUGUCUGGAGGAGAAAGGAGUUUCUCUACAGUGUGUUUUAUGUUGAGUCUCUGGCAGGCUAUGGAGUCUCCAUUCAGGUGUCUUGACGAGUUUGACGUUUUCAUGGAUGCAAUUAACAGACAGAUCUCUAUGAAUAUGAUGUUGGGAAUGGCAAAACAGAACUUGGAUAAACAGUUUAUCUUUCUCACCCCUCAGGACAUGAGUAAGUUAAAAGUAUGUCCAGAGCUAAGGAUAUUCAGGAUGCCAGAUCCAGAUAGAGGAAGUGGGACUCUCAACUUCAGACCUAUCACUGAGACAGCAAACAAUGACGAGGAUGAGGAGCAAUGAAGAGGAGGAGUAAUGGAGAGGAGGAGCAAGAGAGAGGAGUAACAAUUGGGAGAAGGAGCAAUGAGGGGAAUGAAGAACUGUAAAGAGGAGCAAUGUAGAGGAGCAAUGAGGAGGAGGAGUGGUAACACUAUUCAAAGAAAGUGAGAAACAAAAAGGAGCUCACCCUGUAUAAUCCUGAUAUAGAUUCUUAAAGCACCAGUUAUAUAGAAUUACAGUGGAUACAAUAUACAAGUAUCCAUCCAUGUCUCUAUGUACUGGAGAAACUUGAACUAGUCUUGCCAAAAGUGACAGGUACAGGAGUAAUGGGAAUAUUGCAGGAGUUCAGUAUUAAACACAGUGUGUAUAUUUUUGGGAUUAUGAGCAUUGUCAAGAGCUGUACAUCUCUAAUUGGAUUCCCUCAGAUU